GUGGCCUAUGACACAGGUGACUAUUACCACUCCAUUGCGUGGCUGGAGGAGGCUGUCAGACUCUUCCGCCUCUCCUACGGCAGCUGGAACCUGGAGGACCGGAGCAGCCUGGAGGAUGCUCUGGACCAUCUGGCCUUCUCCUACUUCAUGGCUGGAAACAUCUCUCACGCCUUGAGCCUCUCCAGGGAGUUUCUCCGCUACGAUCCCAGAAACCAAAGGGUGUCCAGGAACGUGGCCAAGUACAAGAAGCUGCUGGAGACGGGGACAGGGACAGGCACCAGGCCCCUGCAGCGCCCCAACAGCACCCGCCUGCAGAGCCGCGACGCCUACGAGGAGCUGUGCCAGCGCCCCAGGGCUCAGGCAGCCCCAGAGCAGCUCCUGCACCUCGGCUGCUCCUACGAGACCAACGGCAGCCCCUUCCUGCUCCUGCAGCCCGCCAAGAAGGAGAUGGUCCGGACCCAGCCCCACGUGGCUCUGUACCACGAUUUCAUCACCGACGCCGAGGCUGAGACUAUCAAGGGGUUGGCAGGGCCCUGGCUGCAGAGAUCCGUGGUGGCCUCUGGGGAGAAGCAGCAGAAAGCCGAGUACCGGAUAAGCAAGAGUGCCUGGCUGAAGGACACAGCCGACCCUGUGGUGCAGGCCCUGGAGCGGCGCAUGGCCGCCCUCACGGGCCUGGACCUGCGGCCGCCCUACGCCGAGCACCUGCAGGUGGUCAACUACGGCCUGGGAGGCCACUACGAGCCACACUUCGACCACGCCACGUCCACGAAGAGCCCCCUGUACAGAAUGAAGUCGGGCAACAGGAUCGCCACAAUCAUGAUCUACCUGAGUGCAGUGGAAGCUGGAGGCUCCACUGCUUUCAUCUAUGCCAACUUCAGCGUGCCCGUGGUCAAGAAUGCAGCUCUUUUCUGGUGGAACCUGCGGAGGAACGGGAAUGGUGACGGAGACACCCUCCACGCUGGCUGCCCCGUCUUGGCCGGGGACAAGUGGGUGGCCAAUAAGUGGAUCCAUGAGCACGGGCAGGAGUUCCGGCGGCCGUGCAGCGCUGACCCUCAGGACUGAGCUGCGGUGGGAGCACAGAUGUGACAUCUGAUGUGACAUCCGCAGGUGGCAAAGCCACCCCAGCACAGCAUCUCAGCAUCUCCCCAAGGGCAGAGCAAGGGAGAGAAGGGGGCAGCAGCAGAGCAGGGCACGAUCAGGAGGGGCGUUUGCUCAACCACAGCCAAACUGGGUGGAAAUAAAGUCUUUUAUAAACUGGA